AUGUUAAUCAUUUAUAAGGGAUAAGAAAUAAAAGUUGGCAAUAUUGAUUUCAAUAGUUUGAUUGAGAUUAUUGAAACAAGAUUUGCAUAUGAACUUCAAUCAAUGUAUUAAAUAAUCUAUAAGGAUGAUGAUGAUGAUAGUAAUCCUGUCAUAAUUGUAGAUGAUGAUUCAUUAUAAGGUGCUGGUAUUAUAUUAUUAAUUGUUAAGUAAAUCUAUGUCAAACCAAAAAUAUAGAACUUGUAUUAGAAGUUUAAAAUGCAAAUAUUGAUGCUUCCAAUUACAUUCUUAAAAGAUAAAUUGUAUUUAAUAUCCAUUUAAAAUAGAGUACAGAAAAAUCAAAUAUCUAUUAAGAAAGUCUUCAUUAGAUCAAUGAAAAAUUAAGAGAAUAUAAAGAAUAACACAAAUAUUAAGAAAUUUAGGAAUCAAUUUAUGAAGUAAAGGAUGAAGAUCUUACUAUUUAACAUAUAAUGCAAUACUAUUAAAAAUAAUUGACUAAGUUUGUAGCCAAUUAUCAAAAAUAAUCUAAUGAACAUAAAAAAAAACAUUAUUCAUAAUAUUAAGAAUGUUUUGGAUCUUUAUUAGAAAGAAUGAAUAAGAAAUUAUUAAAUUAAUUUGAACUUAUAACAUAGAACUAAAAGGAUAUACAAAAAAAAGUAGAAAAUUUAUAUGAAUUUUAACAAUUCCAAUGA